UGGGAAAGGGCAGCCAAGAUAUCGCGGUAUUUGGUGACUGCCUACGAGACGCGCCCGGUGUCUGGCGCGGCUAUUUAGGAGGCCAAGACAGGAGGAUCCAAGGUCAAGGCCCGAAACCUGACACCUCCCUCGCCUGCCCCCAAAUUCAGGAACACUUACUUCUAUCAACAUCUGAGAGUCAAAGGAGGAAAUCAGCUAGCUGGUCCCGUGGCGUGGCCUACAUCUGCUUCUCCUUGAUGCUGACAGAGCUUUAUGAAGUCCAGGCUUUGCAGGCUCCCAGAAUUUUAAGCCAUUAGACCCCACAUGGAAUCAUGUCCAGGUGCUGCAUCCUUGGUGGAGAGAAAAUUCCAUGUUCUUGUGGGUGUCACCGGAAGUGUUGCUGCUCUGAAGUUGCCUUUUUUGGUGUCAAAGCUUUUGGACAUUCCUGGGCUGGAAGUCACAGUGGUCACAACUGAAAGAGCCAAACAUUUCUACAACCCCCAGGACAUUCCUGUCACCCUCUACAGUGACUCUGAUGAAUGGGAGAUGUGGAAGCACCGCUCUGACCCAGUUCUCCACGUUGAUCUGCGGAGGUGGGCUGACCUGAUGCUAGUGGCUCCUCUCGAUGCCAACACCCUGGGGAAGGUGGCCAGUGGCAUCUGUGACAAUUUGCUUACGUGUGUCAUCCGUGCCUGGGACCGCAGCAAACCCCUGAUCUUCUGUCCUGCCAUGAAUACCGUCAUGUGGGAACACCCCCUUACUGCACAGCAGAUGGACCAACUCAAGGCCUUUGGCUAUGUGGAGAUCCCCUGUGUGGACAAGAAGCUGGUGUGUGGAGAUCAAGGUCUGGGCGCUAUGGCUGAGGUGGAGACCAUUGUGGAUAAAGUGAAAGAAGUCCUCUCCCAGCACAGCGGCGUCCAGCAGAGUUGAACUGAUUUCUGUUAUGGGUGUACCUCUGCACUCAGUGUGUUUUCAGGCCAAGAUGGUGAAGAAGGGCAUCAUCAAAAUAUGGUGAAGAUGUGGCUGGGGCUGUGGGUCAGUGACAGAGCGCUUACCUUGCAAGCGCUGCGUUUAAUUCUCAGCACCAUAUAAAAACAAAUAAAUAAAUAAAUAAAGGUCCAUCAAUAACUAAUAAAAAUUUUAAAAAAUA